AUGGCAGCAGCUGAAAUGGAGAGAACGACGUCGUUUGAUGCAGCUGAGAAGUUGAAGGCCGCCGAUGGAGGAGGAGGGGAGGUAGACGAUGAACUUGAAGAAGGUGAAAUUGUUGAAGAAUCAAAUGAUACGGCGUCGUAUUUGGGGAAAGAAAUCACAGUGAAGCAUCCAUUGGAGCAUUCAUGGACUUUUUGGUUUGAUAGCCCUAUUGCUAAAUCUCGACAAACUGCUUGGGGAAGCUCACUUCGAAAUGUCUACACUUUCUCCACUGUUGAAGAUUUUUGGGGUGCUUACAAUAAUAUCCAUCACCCAAGCAAGUUGGUUAUGGGAGCUGACUUUCAUUGUUUUAAGCAUAAAAUUGAGCCAAAGUGGGAAGAUCCUGUAUGUGCCAAUGGAGGGACGUGGAAAAUGAGUUUUUUGAAGGGUAAAUCUGAUACCAGCUGGCUAUAUACGCUGCUGGCUAUGAUUGGACAUCAAUUUGAUCAUGGAGAUGAAAUUUGUGGAGCAGUCGUUAGUGUCCGGUCUAAGGGAGAAAAAAUAGCUUUGUGGACCAAGAAUGCUGCAAAUGAAACAGCUCAGGUUAGCAUUGGUAAGCAAUGGAAGCAGUUUCUAGAUCAUAGCGAUUCGGUUGGCUUCAUAUUUCAUGACGAUGCAAAGAGGCUCGACAGAAAUGCCAAGAAUCGUUACACAGUAUAG